AUGCCUGAUCCAUAUCCCGGUCCGACUUGUAAUCGCAAGAACCUGGGCCUCGAGUCCUUACACCAAACACCGGACACGGGUGACGACUUCGGGAUAAUGCAGUUGUUGGCUAGCAACCCCAUGACAUGGAUCUGGAAUCCGAUCGAGUACAGUCUUUUCUUCUUGGUCCCAAACUUCGUCUCCCUUCAGAUCGAGGCCGCAAACCCGAGUCGGAACCUGUAUGCAAGUCAUGGAGAGCAUGGAUCCGCAUCCUCGGCGGGCAAACAGACACCCAACGUAGCCUUGUCACCUCCCAUCGAUAUUUUGCCUCACUUCCAAGAUGAGCUCACAUCUCUCCUCAUUGCGCCCAACCUUUGGACAGGCAGCCCUGCCUACCCGCGAUCUAAGCAAGGCACGGCACGGGCUGCUGGGACUCGCAACUAUUCUCCCUCGCCAUCUUUCCCUACUUUAGCUCCCGCCCCGCCCAAACUGUCUUCAGACCCUAGGUACGGAUACCUCGCCUUAGCCAACAAGAUAUGUACGGACCCUGGCUUCGACCCCCCCGGUUGCACUGCUUGCUCCCAUCGCCCUAUCCCGGCUCGCAAGAACGCCUCAACCCACCCACCCUUUACGCGCCCUUCCUAUACACUACCCUGGAAUGUCGCAGACUUGACUGAGAUCCGGCAAGUAUUGGUAACACUCUCCCAUACACCCUUCACCGCCCUCGCUUCCUGGAGAGGCGAAGCAAUUCAUUCCUCUGCAAAGGGGCCCAAGAUACCUCACCAUGCUAUUGUUUCUUUUCUUCCUUCCCGCGCUCCUGGUCUACAAGCCGCAGCUAGAGUUGCCUCCCGAGCGACUCUUCAUUGCGAGGGGACUCAUACUCGCCGCAUUGCGUCUGAUCAAGGAUCAGUUCUACACAGCAACUCGACCUUCGUCACCGCCCCAAGAAUUUCUUUGGCCUGCCUUCGCGAGCUUACAAUGCCUUCCUCGAAGCCUUUGAAGAUCAAGCCCUCCGAGGUUGCGGCGGACACCAAGAAGAAACUGAUCCCAGAAGUCAAUAGAUACUUCCGCGAGGAGUGGCCCCCAUACUCAGUUCUCUACUCUCAGCCGCUACUCCAGCUUCCGCUCAGCCGCCCGGCCUUCAUGAGCUCAGACUUACCCAACUUCUAUGUCGUACAUAGCGAUCCUGUAGACUGCGCACUGGGCUGGGCUCAAAGCGAAGGAGUCCGGAUCCCCUUCAUCUGCGCCGCGAACGAGAAGCGACCCGGAGGUGAUUGGGAGACAGGUGUUGUCGGUUACGAGGAGAGAUUAUGCCGUCGCAGCAAUCUGUCAGCAACGUUGGGGUCUCCCCAUCCGGAUACAUGCAUGCCAACCAACUACCCGAUCCCGAUCGAAGGAGCCAUCUAUUCUCCCGAUGUUGUUCGUUUCCGCCAGUUUCAAGACAGGAUCGAGUCAUUGGACAUGAAAGAUUGGAGGUCGCUGCCAGUUAUUUCUAUGCCGCCAGCUCGGUGGCCGAAGCUCACAGACAUGGGACGAAAGUACUCUUUUUCGGAAGAGCGAGAAUUGGUACGGAACAAGAUGCGCGCCGCCUUGCGAAUCUGCGUGUUCAACGGCUACAACCACGUUGUGAUCGGCGACUUUGGCCUUGGCAAUGGCUACCGCAACCCGCCCAAGGAGCUGGCGGAGUUGUGGCGCGAAGUCUUUCUCUACGACCCAGAAUUGAGGGGCCAGUUCCUCGCCGUCAUGUUCGCUUUCGAAGACGACAGACAGUGCACAGCCAAGUUCAUCCUCGACGACAUCGCCAAGAAGACGAAAGGGAGCAGCAGCAGCAGCUCUUCGAAAAGCAAGUCAAAGAGCUCGUCGUCAUCAAGUUCAAGCGGCAGUUCAUCCAGUCACAAAAGCGACUUCAAAAUCUUCAGCGAAAUCUUCGCGACGAGUGAGAUAGCCAGAGUUCGGAGCCAACCUGACCCACGCUACGCCUUCUCUGCAAUUAUGGAUGGGUCUUGA